AUGGUACCAUUGGGCUAUAAUGAUAAACCGUUUGUGUAUUUACAAGACUGUCUGCAACAAACUGCAAAUAAUUCCCCUGCACAUCAUUACACAAGUGACAAACUAAACCAAUCUUACAGCCAACCCAUGUGCAAAGAACAACCCCAAAAUACAGUUGUGGCGUCCCCAUCAAGCUUUAACAAGAAGGCCCAGAGCUUCUCUGCAUUGUCUCCUCUGAACUCUAAAGUCACUAAAGGCUCCUAUAAUAGGGCUAUGAAAUCAUCAUCACCAUCAUUAUAUUCCAAAUGCCCAGCAACAACUUCGAAAGACUCCCUCUUGAAAAGUUCAUCACAGCUCUCUUGGAAAUCCUUGGACUCGUCUUUGCCUCAUCACAAAUCUCAGACAUCAUCAAGUUUUACCAGUACUUCAUCUUUGGAACCUAGCAAAACAAGUCCAAGAUCAAGGUUACCCCUCCCGAAGACGCAGACAUCAUCAAGUAUUGACCUUUGCUGGAAAUCACCUUCAUUGGAGUCUACUCAAAGAAUCUCAACAUCAUCUUCACCUCCCCUCGACCAACGCGAAACAUCUUCCCUAAAUAUCAUCUGGUCUACACCUUCUUUGGAAUCUAGUCAAAGUGAACGUAACUCACAAUUAUGUAAAUCUAAAUCACAGAAGGAUUCCUCAUUAGACUGCCUUUGGACAUCUUUAUUAGAAUCCAAUCAAAAAACAUUGAGCUCGCCAUCACUCACCCACAAACUUCAACGACCCAGCUUUUCCUCAACUUCAGCUCUUGAAUCCAAUCGAGUGGUUCAGACUUCACCAUUAUCUGACUGUAAGUCUCUGAAAAUUCCUAUAUCUAACUCUAAUAACAAUGUUUUUACUUUACCAUUGUCCCAAGCAAAAUCGAGAAAGUUAGCUCCAUCGUCACAUUCUUUUCUGCCAUCUCGGAGUUUAUCAACGUGCCAGCCCAAACCUAAAAUUGCAGCUAAAUGUGAUCCUAGUACCCGGGCCAUCAGUGCAACUGCUUGCCAGCCCAAGGUCCAGAAUACUGCUUCACUCAUUGACAAACACAGACUUCGUCAGCUACCCUCAGUUCACACUAAACCAAACAUCUCAGGCCACAGAAUAUUAACUCCUAAGCCCGGUAUCAAGACCAAAAAUGCCUCAGUCCCAUGUUCCAGACUGCCGAAUAAAUGUAGCUUUGAAAAGAGUGUGAAGUCAGAGGCAGAGAAUGAAAGCCUUUGGUCCUUAGAUUAUAGUCAUCCCUGCAUUAUUAAAGGUGGUAGUGUUCCUGUUGAUGUUGUAAAUAAAAUUGUCAAUUCCAUCUCCAAGUCUACAAUCCAGAAGGAUCUCUCUAGGCAGAUUCUCUUGCGAAGAAUGAGAGGAAAGCCAAAUCCUCGUCCUGGUCCCCGCCUUUCAUCAACAUAUUCUGUUUGUUUAGAAUGUGCUUCUGCCAUAAAAUCUCAGUGUAACCAUCUUACAGGAAAGAGAGAUCCUCGAUGCGCGACACUCUUUGUCAUACCAACACCCGAGAGUGGCACCGAUGGGAAAGCAGACGUGAAAAUAAUCCUUAUCCUUUCUCUACCAGAGACACCUUCCUCAUCCUGUUUCCAACUUCCUAUGAAAGACAGUCAAUCUGAAAAUAAUUUAGAAGCCCUCGAUGAUAACCUGGACGUAUUAGAGAAGAUAACACAAUUUUUCCCUGCAUCUGAAUCUGAUUUUAUCCAGGGGCUCAAGACAAAGCGAAAAUGUUUGGCUGUAUCCUCCGAGAGCAAAGAUACAAGCCAAGAGCCCCAGUCUAUUGACUGGCUGUUGUAUGUUAAAAAUAGUAAUGGUAUUCAGUCCCAAACCCAGGUUCAAGGCCCAUCCUCCUCUUCUUCUUCCUCUUGCUCCUCCGUUUCCUCCUCUUCCUCUUCAUCUUCUGGACGUCCCUCUCCACCCACUCUUUGCACAGAUCCCACUCCAGCUCAUGUUCCAGGUUAUGUUCUUGGAAAGGUGCGAAGUUAUCACCGGUUACCUCCAGGGACCUCCUGGCUUGAGUUCAUAAGGGGUUCAAGUUCUGACACCACCAAACUAAGACAAUCGACAUCAGCCAAAACCAAGCCUGUGAGGUCUCACAAUACGAAAUGCUUGAAAAAAGGGAGAAGGGAAACCAGCGCAUUGCUCAAAUAUUUCCAAACAAAGUUUCAAAAUGAGAAAUCCUGA